AGUUCCGCAACCCCGACUUCCUCAGGCACUGGGCGAAGCGGUUCGCUCGCCCGCUGCCGCUUCGCGCCGAAGUGGACAAGGCCGGCAAGGCGCUCGUAGAGUUUCAGAGCGUUGCGCUGGCGGAGAUGGCGUUCGGCAGCCAGCGAAUGGCGGGCGAGGGCAAGGAGCACAUCCGCGCGUGGUGGUACCGCGGAGCGGCGAAAAACCCGGCAGACUUGGAAGAGGGGGAGAUCGAGGAGGGCGUCGUGGAAGCGCCAGUGGCUCCUCAGGCGGCGAACAAGAAGAUGAGCAAGAAGGACAAGAAGGCGGAGAAGAGGAAAGCUCAGGCCCUCCAGCCGAAACAAAACAAGCCAAGGGCGCCGCCCGCUCUUCCUAAACUGCCUCCCGCGAAUGGAUCCCGCGCUUUUCCCAACUAUAAUCGACAACAAUCUGUUGCUAGCACGUAUUCUGGGGUCCCAAUGUCCGUGCCCCUACCUCUACCUCAGCCUCCUCCUAUCGCUUCAUCGUCCGGUCCGUCGAACUACGUUCCCAAGACUUCACCACCAGCACAGCCGCCUCAACCUGCAGCGCAACCGCCUUCGAGUCCAUACGGUUAUCGUGGCUGGGCCGACCAUCUAGAGCAAGUAGAAAAGUACGGGGUCAUGUCAUCUGACGAUGGUUCCGAAUACGAGGGGCCCAGUGCCGAGGCGGAGCGCAGUUGGUACUAUUCCGCGGGUCCGAGACGCAGGGACCCGAGCUACCUUGAAGAAGAGCAGGCGAUGGACCUCGAAUCUGACGACGAGGACUUGCCCGAUCCUAAGGAGGAACACUUCAUCCAGGAGUCACGAUAUGGUGUUUGGGGCGAGCCGGCGACGGGUGCGGAUGUCACUGCGGCUGAUAGCGCAUCAAUUGCCUCUUCCAGGGAGGCCUCUGCCGAACGUGGGCAAGAAGAGAGGAUGCGCGUCGACGACGCUAGCCCAGCAACCACCCGCACUCCUCCAGCAACCGAACACGCGGUCACGGUGCCACAAUCAUUGCCAUCGUCUAGCCGACCUAAACCGGAGGUCACCAUUCCCGACUUGCCAGUCCAGACGAGCCGACCCCAGCCACUCUCGCCAUCUGCAUACACUAUGGUGGAGCCUCCGGCUGCAUCGGUGCCUGCUAGUGCGUUGACGAUCGUCCCAACCGCCCCAUCAACAUCCGCCACAGAACCGACACAUCCGAUUGCUGUUGCUUCUCCUUCCACUCUUACGAGUCCAGUCUCGGCCCUGAAACCUCUACCGGCUGCUCCUCUUGUUACAUCUCUGAAGGAUCCUUCGCUGGAACUGCCGAAGGUCCCCCUGCCACAGCCAGUCGUCUCCCAAAGGUCGGAGUCGGCCGCACCAGCUCUCGCAGAGUCUGUGCCGGUGGUGAGUGCCAAGCGUACACUGCAGGAGAAGCAGAGGGAGCUUGAGGAGCGAAUCGCCCGCGCGAAGGAGGAAUUAGCGCAGAAGAACAUGAUAUCGAGGGCUGGCAGCAGUAGGCAUACGUCACCGGAGGAGGAGAAUGACAAGCCGGCGGCCACGAGCAGCCGUGCGGGCGAGGAAGCAAUCUCCAGCCCGACGGAGAUACUCUCGACCCAAGAGUUGCGCCGCUCGGCUCUGCAGAGCAGGAAGAAAGCCGGGAUCGCGUCUAUCCCUUCUGCAGGGAUUACGCAGGAGAAGGAAUCCACAGUGGCCUUGAGCGACACGUCCACAGUCGUGGGUGACGACGCACCUAGCGCUGCCGCAGUUCCGAAAGGCAGCGCUAUCAACUUCGACGAGCUUGCGGUUUCAUUUAUCACUGAGACGCUCCAGACGAUGCAGCCAUCGCCUCGGUCCGACUCACCUCCCGCGGCUGCAGCGCCUGUACAUGUGUCGCAACCUGCGCCUCCGACCGCACCCGCAACGCCACAACCACGUACGUUUACGCAGUCUCAUACGCUAGCCAAGUCCAGUCAAGCAGCAGAGAAAGUGCUCUUGGCCGCAAGACAGAAACGACUGGAGCAGCACAUCGCGGAGACGAAGGUGCUCAUGGCGAAGCUUACCACGGCACGGUCGAAGGCGGAGAAGGAGAACAUUCUCGGCAUGCUGCGAGAGCGGCAACGCGCGAUGGACGGGGACAUGAAGGCAGAUGCGCCGUUGAAGCCUGUGUCGUCUUCGCCCCCUUCAUCGUUCGCCACGAACGGAUAUAGCCAACCUUUCAAGUCGCAAGCGACGCACGCGUGGAAGACUCACUGGCCUGAGCCCAGCAGAGACGCUAUGAUACUUGUCAUCAGCGACGAUGAAGAUGACGACUGAGUCGACGGGACAACCGGACAACGCACAACUCGCGGCCACGGACACUGUACACGCCACAAAGGACAGCCGGAAGUACACUACC